GUCGCGUUGUAGAGAUUGACAAAGACCAGACAUCCAUUUUAAAAAUAAAAAAUUUUAAUUAACGAAAAAAACGCCAAUCACUCGACACCGAUACUCCAAUGAAAUCCACCCUCACAUGAUUUCAAUAUUUUUCACACUUGGAUUUUCUGGAGUUAUGCCGCAACUUCCGCGUGUUCAAACUGACCACUUAUCAACGUGUGCGCGCGCAUUGCCCGGCUCUUUUCAAAUGCAAGUGAUUUUUUUGAGGGUAAUUCAGGCUGGAGGGAUUUAACACUCGUUUCUAGCACGUGUUUCGACGAGCCUGUGUCGAAAAAAGAAAAAAAAAAGGGAGUGACUGACACGUACACGAUGAAGAUAGUAGCCGUGCGGACGAGUGAUCACACGAGCUACUGUAACAAAUUCUUCUGCCUCGUGGGGCCGUUUCUCCGACAUCGCAAAUUGUUGAUUUUUUAGUGAAAAAAAAAAAACCGUAUUCAAUUUUUGGAGGAAUUUACGGUGGGAAUAUACCCACCGGUGAGAUGACGAGGGCUUUUCAUUAUUGUGAUAACCUGUGGAAUUGAGAAGUCUUUGGAGAUUAACGCGGAUAUUGCCGCAGUGUUUGUUCUGUUCUCUUGGCUAUGGGCGAGGAUUCAAUAAUAUUGCCGAUUGAUCGCGUUAUCUGUGAAGAAGACGACAGGACACGAUUCAGGGUGGAGCGUGCCGGUAAAUUUGUUAAAUUUGGGAAGCGAAAGAUUAACGGUAAUUGGCCGAUUGGUAAACCGAGAACUAUUCAACAAUUGGUUCGGGCAUUCAUCGGUAAUCGACGAUUUGUGAUUUUUAUCGGUUGUGCGCUUCUACUUGGCGGUUGUUAUCUCGGUUUUGGUGGUCAAGGCAAAUCUGUCAGGAUGCAGGGGGAUUUUUUUGGUGAGGUACAGCUCAGGGAGGACGAGAUCGAGACCAUAAGGAGGAGCAUCGUGGAGGGUCUCGGGAUGCAGAGGAUACCUGAUCCUUCCAAGGCGAACGUGAGUCAGACGGAGUAUGAAAGAGCCCACGUCGAAUACCUGAGGAGACUGCAAAUGUCGAGAGCACCUGGUGACAGAAGACGAAGAAGACUUCACACGUUUCAUGCCACAGAGGAGAUGGAUGUGUCAAGAGCCAGACGUGACGUGUCAUCGAGUGAGAUCAACCUGUACUUUCCCCUGGAUCUCCCAGAAGACGAGGAAGUCGACCACGCGACCCUAAGACUGGUUCUGGAGCCGGGGACUGUCUCAGAUGAAUUGGAAGUAUCGGUUUAUCGAAUCGAGGAUGAAUCAAGACACUGGGUGUCGAGUGCACGAUUUACAGAGGUGACAGGUGCCCGAUGGAUCGAGCUAGAUGUCACGGAGUUGGUUGUCCUCUGGCACGAGGGUGCCAUCGACAAUCUGGGAAUGGAUGUGGGUGUGAAGGGUUCCCCAGGGGCUGCCCUGGCCUCACCCUACCUCAAUGUCCUCUCGACGACAGGACAGAGCCGACGGAGACGAUCAGCCACCGAUCACCUCAUGUCUCUUCACAAGGGGCGAAGAACCGAUCGCCCAUGUGACACCAAUAAGUGCUGCAGGCACGAAAUGACGGUCAUCUUCAAGGAUCUCAGGGGCUUCGACUUCAUCAUUCAACCAAAGACUUUUGACGCUGGAUACUGCAAGGGCAGGUGUCCACCCAGAUUCAAUCCUGCUCAUCAUCAUGCUCUACUUCAGAGUCUCAUCUGGAAAGAGAACAAGAGAAAAGUACCUAGACCGUGCUGUGCACCUAGCAAACUCUCUGAGCUUGAGAUACUCUACUUCGACGAGAGUGAUUCGACUAAACUUAAGGUCGCCAGCUGGAAGAACAUGAAGGUUCUGGAGUGCGCGUGCUCUUAGAGCUGCCACUUGGGUUCAAUUCACCAAAGAGUUUAGACAUGAAUUUUUUUUUUUAUUAUCUUCCCUCCCCAUCCACCGUUCUACGAUACUUUUGUCUUCUUAAUCUCAUACGUGUAACCCUUGACUCUUUUUUUUUUCUGCCUCUUGUGACUGUGAUAUUAAACGUACGGGACUCAGCGAUGGUGUGGCCUCCACGCCAAUUAGAUUUUUCUAGGUUCUUUUUAGGAGUUUAUCGAGGAGUUUUCCGAUUGAUGAGGGCUUGUUAAUUUAUCUGAGCUCCUGCACUUGAUCACGGAAUCAUUAGUCGUUCAAUUGUCUGAGGAAGUGGGAAAAUUACCUACGUCGAAUUUGCCGAUCUCUCGGCGAUCGGUUUUGAGGAAAGUCACCGAUUUUUCAUGGAAAUGUUAAAUCCUCGGUUUUUGCGGUAAUUCAUGAGUAUUUCAGGAUUUGAUUUGGAUUUAUUUGGAAACAAUCAUCAGAAUUCCAUCAGAAUUAAUGCAGCGGGAAUUGAUGCGACGGGAAAUCCAUGGAUUUCCAAGAAAACUAAUGAACUUAGAAGAAAAUAUGAUAAAACGUUUUUUGUAGAGAAUUUAAUGAACAAUAAAAAUGUCCCCAAGUGUUUUCUUUGAAAAUCGAUAGUUUUGCAGAUAAUUCAAUGAACAUCUGUUGCGAAGUGGUGAACCGCGAGAAGCGCAUUAUCUUUCGCGGUCAGUUUUUCGCGAAUAUCACGGGAUUGAAGGAAAAUGAUGAUAUUUUCAUAAAUACCUUUUUUGUAGCUUUUAUCUUUUUCUACAAAAAAUGUCUAUGAAAAAUCUCGCUAGGUCUCACCGAUUCCGAGAUAUUGGCAGAUUAUUGGCAUUUAUCACUUCGCUAGGGAAAUGGUUAAUUCGAUUUAUUGAAUUUUGUCAGUUCGCCAGUGAAUUAUUGUGGCUCGAGAUGUUGUAAGGACUUUUGGGGGGAGGGUAUUUAGUGCAAUGAUUUGGGGGAGGUGUGGUUUUGUCAAUUGUCCACCAGAAUAUGCCACUUGCCCGCUGGACUCCAACUGGACUAUUUAUGUCCCGGAGACCGCUCCCACGGUUUAUCCACAGUGUACAUAUUUAUUAAUUUAUUUUAACGUUUACGGUCAUUUAGCGGUUUGAGAAAUUUAUCAUGCGCAAGUCUGGUUUUUUAUUGGAAUAUUUCAGGUCGAGUUUAUAUGUUUUUACGUGUGUAUGUGUAAUGUGUAUUUAGGUAUGUAGUGAAUCUCAUGGAGAGAAUUAUCGGGAGUUAUUUUUUUUGCAACUCCAGACCAUUCAAUUCGGAUGGAAUUUCAUAGGGAAUUUAUUGUUUCAUUGAUAUUAAUAAAAAUAUGAGAUU